UGUGUUUACUGUUGAUUAAAUUAAAAUGCUGGACAAGCAAUUUAGUUAGUUAACCGCGCUCAGCGUAACGAAACGGUUUGAAUUUGUGCUAUACGACACGACGGACAGUUCAAUUGCUCGGUAGUGGUUGAAAGCAGUACUUGAACGGGUGUUUGAGAUAAACUCAAUAGAAGUGACAUGAUUUGAGCUUCGCGCGAAAACUAUAAAUAAAACUGAAGAUCUCUUACCGACAGCUGUGUUUAGUCUAACCUCUAAUCGAUACAAUUAAAUUGUUUAGCAACUCGGAUAUUAAGCGGAUAAUCUAUACCUCAACAUGCAUAAAAUUAUGUGGGAUUUCCACCAAGCAUUCGCAAUUAUAUUGUUAUGCUACAAUGUGCUGACGGCAGCACAAAGUAAUGAUAAACCCAAUAUAGUAAUUAUAUUGGCUGAUGAUCUGGGUGUUGAUGAUGUCAGUUUUCGUGGCUCCAAUCAAUUUCUAACACCCAACAUCGAUGCUUUGGCUUAUAGUGGUGUCAUUUUGAAAAAUCUCUACACACCAUCAAUGUGUACGCCCUCACGAUCGGCGCUAUUAACGGGAAAAUAUCCAAUACAUACAGGUAUGCAACACUAUGUCAUACCGAACGAUCAACCAUGGGGUCUACCACUAAACGAGACGACAAUGGCGGAGAUCUUCAAACAGCACGGUUACUACACGAGCAUUAUUGGCAAAUGGCAUCAGGGUAUGUCACGUAAGGCAUACACGCCCACAAAACGCGGCUUCGAUCAUCACUUCGGCUACUUGGGCUCCAACAUAGAUUACUACGAACAUACGCUGGAUGCUACGGCUAAAAAUUUAUCACUCGGUCACGAUUUUCGUGACAACUUGGCUGUGUCGCGCGAAUAUAUCGGCACCUAUGUCACAGAUCUACUCACCGAUGCGGCGACCAAUCUGAUAAGCAAACACGAUGCCACCAAACAACCGUUGUUUUUGCUGCUAUCUCAACUAGCACCACAUGCUGGCACCGAUGAGAUACCAUUACAGGCACCUGCCGAGGAAGUUGCGAAAUUUUCAUACAUUAAAGAUGAGAACAAACGAAUGUAUGCGGCUAUGGUGUCGAAGCUUGAUCAAAGUGUGGGUUCCGUAAUAGAUGCGCUUGCAAAUAAAGGUAUACUCAACAAUACCAUUCUGCUAUUUUUAUCCGACAACGGUGGACCAACAGUGGGGCUGCUGGCCACUACAGCCUCCAAUUAUCCACUCAGAGGUCAAAAGAACUCGCCUUGGGAGGGUGGCAUACGUUCGUCGGGCGUGAUUUGGUCACCGCUGCUUGAAAAUUUAGGCACCGUUUGGAAACAACAGCUCUACAUUGGCGAUCUGCUACCCACCUUAGCGGCGGCGGCUAACAUACCACUAGACACACAGCAAAUGAACCUUGACGGUUUGAACCUUUGGUCUGCACUCAAAUACGGCUACGAUGCGGUGGAGCGUGAGAUUGUGCACAACAUUGACGAUAUCUUCGAUUACGUCUCAUAUGGCAAAGGCAAAUGGAAGUUUAUCAAUGGCACCACCGAGAGUGGCGACUAUGAUGGCUGGCUUAGUGCGCGUCAGCCGGAGAGCGACGCAGAGGUAGAUCCACGUGCUGCCGCUUAUGAAGAGCUCAUUAAGAACACCAGCGUCUGGCAGCAGUUAUCCGAAAUAAAUGCAAAAACGGCGCUACCGGGUGCGGUCAACAUAACGAAAUUGCGUGAAGAUGCCGCAAUCAGUUGUCUGCUCACCAAUGGCACACAGGGUGUGGCAUGUGAACCGCUGUUGGGACCGUGUCUCUUCGAUAUCGAUGUGGAUCCGUGUGAGCAAAAUAAUUUAUACGAGGCGAUGAGUGAUGGCAAAGUGGUGCAAGAGUUGCUUACGCGUGUGGCGCAUUUCCGCGAGACUGCGCAUGCGCCCAAUAAUAAACCGUUAGAUCCGAAAUGUGAUCCGCGCUUGUACGAUGGCGAGUGGACGUGGUGGGAAGACAUACAAGAUGGCGUCGAUGACGAUGAUCAGAGCACUGAGGGUGGCGAUGGUGCGCCGAAUUUACGACUGAGCGGUCUUUUGUUGAGCUUUUCGUUCGGCUGUCUGUUUGUUAUUAACCUUUUCAAGUAUUCCUGUAGGUUUUAAGCAUAAAGCGAGAGUUAUGUGUAAAACAACUAAUAAUUAUAUAAAUAUGUAAAUAAAACAAUAAUUUAUGCCGUAAUUUAAACAGAA